UAAUGGAUAAAAUUUUUUAUAGAGCAUAGAAGCGAACUUAGAGUUAAAACCCUAAAGAUGGAACCCUGGAACUCUUUCUGCUGAUCUUUCAACCAAAAAUUUUAUGGAAGAAAUAUCAAAUUUUAUUAAGAAAUACUAUAGUUCAAUGCAGGAAGAGAUAAUAAACAAAGCUAUUAAUGAGUUCUAUGAAGACUUUAAAUGGUUAGAAGCAACCUAGGACCAAACACUAUUACAGAACCAGAUACCUUCCCGGUAACAAUGUUUUUACCAGGUGGACCUAAAACACGUCCUCUAAACAUAUAUCUAGUUGAAACUUUCUUAUUAAAAUGGAGUGGUAAAGUUUCUACAAACUUCUCAAACAAAAUUUUUGGCGCAGCAACAACUCUACAUCAUGUGAGGCAUGUGAGCUGGGACUUCUAAAUAUACUAAAUAUCUAAUUUUUA